GCCUAUUUCCCCCACCAACCGGAGUGCGUGCCUGUCGAUGGAGGUCUCGGCCAGGCUCCGCCAGCCGCCCGCGGCCUUGACGGCGCCGCCCCGCCGCGGCGGAGGGUCCCUGCGACUGCCACGGUUGCCCCCUUCAGCUUGGCCCACCACUGCGCGCCUGAGCAUCGACGACGCGCCGGCGGAGCACGCGGGCGAGUUCGGGCGGUGGCAGCUGCAGCACUUCGUGCUGGUGUCGGCGGCGUGGGCACUGGAGGCGCUCCACACCAUGGUCAUCAUCUUCGCGGACAGGGAGCCGGCCAUGCGCUGCCACGCGGGGGAAGGGCGGUGCGGCGAACGGUGAACCGGCGCGGCGGCCGGGUGGGAGUGGGCGCAGGGCGGACAGUGAGUGUCCUCCGCCGGCGGCAGCCCUCCCUCCCCACCGCCACGGCCUGCCUUGCCCCGUCUUGAAUCGCCUUUCACCAAACUCCGCUCCUCCAUCGCGCUCCCUCGCCGCCGUUCCCGACCACCAGACCACGUAGGCUGUGUGGCCUCCCUGCCUCCCCGGCCACGUCGCAUCUCGGCUGAAUCACAGUAGAUGCCUUCGUUCAGCCUGUACGAACAUAUCCAGAAGUGUUGUUUCCUCUCAUUGAAGAAGCUUCAGCCUGAAAGUGAAGAAAUGGAGUAUAUUUGUAGUAGUAGUUAUAUGUUGUGAUAGUAUCACAUGUAAUGGUGAAAUGAAUUAUGUAAAGAUUGUGCUAUUAUCCAAAUUUGGCAUGUGGUUUGAUAAUUUUCAUUUAUUCGCUGUUCUGACUGAAA